UACUAGACCUAUGUGAAUGGAUACAUUUCUUACCGGCCGGCUUGGAAGAAAGAAAAAAAAAUCGUCCUUGAAGUAGUGUGCACAGUCAGUACUGGGCCGACUCAAAAUGUUAUCACCGGGGGACCAAAAAAUAAACACUGUUAGUACAAGGGUCUGGGACUUGGGGAUCCAGUCUGACACGGCACCCCGUGUCAAAGCCGUGUUGACAACAGCGCGAGGCGGUACGCAGUGUGUGUGUGUGCUCGUUGAUUGCCGAAACGCUUGUCCUUCUUUCCACCGCAGACGUGUGUCGCUUAAUAAAUCUAGAUCUAGGUUUUAAAAUAAACCCUCUUAUCGAGAUCUAGACUUGACUCGGACUAUUCUUCACUGUGACUAGAUUAUGAAAAAAGUGAUUUUAUUAUUAUUAUUAUUUUUUGUAAACGUAGCGGCGUGAUAUCUCUCACUGAAAGGAGAGACGUGAGUACUGAUUCGUUCUAAGCUGUCAGAAGGGAGGCUACUGUUAGUACCCACUAGUGUCAAGACAAAGCACCAGCAGACAGACAAGAAAAGCAAAUUAUCCAGCUGUGACUAGAAGUGUACAGACCAUGGAGGUGUUGUCAGUACCUACCAAGAGUAGCUUGGGAAAUCUGCUUAGAGCCACAACUAUCUUACCAAUCAAUGACCUGAAAGGAGUCAAGUGCUCAACUUAUGCUGAAGGGGAGCAGCAGCUUAGAUGCAAGCUCGCUGCACUGUACCGUGUGGUGGACUUGUGUGGCUGGACUCAUGGCAUCUACAACCACAUCAGUGUUCGUGUGGACAACAGCGACCAACCACAAUUCCUCCUCAACCCCUUUGGUUUAAUGUACCACGAGAUCACAGCAUCCUCAUUAGUCAAAGUGAAUCUCAAUGGGGACAUAGUAGAUCAAGGAACCUCUAUGUUCAGUGUGAACAAAGCUGGAUUUACUCUCCACUCUGCGAUCCACGAGGCUAGGCCAGACAUCAAGUGUGUCAUACACUUGCACACCCCUGCAGCCACUGCUGUAUCAGCGAUGAAAUGUGGUUUAUUACCCCUCAGUCAAGAGUCAAUGCUACUUGGCAACAUCAGUUACCAUGAGUAUCAUGGAAUAUUUGUUGACGAGAAAGAGAAAGAAAUUUUAGCUAAAAAUUUGGGACCCACCAAUAAGAUCAUAAUACUCCACAACCAUGGAGUGGCUGUGUGUGGAGAAACUAUAGAAGAAGCUUUUCACUUGACAUUCAACUUUAUGGCAGCGUGUGAGGCACAGGUGAGGUCUACAUCAGUGGGACUAAAGAAUAUUGUUCUGCCAUCUAAUGAUGCCCAAGCCCAGGCCUACAAUGUGGGCAACAAGGGAGCUGUUUCAAUAGACUCAUCAGGAUUUGGAUGGAAAUGUGGGGAGCUGGAAUUUGAGGCCAUAAUGAGGGCCAUGGACAGUGUAGGCUACAGAACAGGUUAUGAUUACAAGCUUCUGCCAAUAGCUAGACAGGAGAAAUGAUAGAAGUGCUACAGGACAUGUUACUUAAUGAAAAGUGAUACAAAGAUUCAGUGAAUGUUCAAGAAACCUUUUUUUUACAAGACUUUUUCCCAAAUGCAGCUCAUGUUUUUUUUUUUUAAAUCUACUUUAUAAACCAACAGCAUCACAGCUUGGUUUCUUUUAUGUGUGUGACCUGUCCAUUUCACAUGAUAAUCAGGGUCUGGGCCAGGCAGAUAUAUUUUUUGUUCUCUAUGCCAAUUCCACAUUGCCUUUUAAAAAUUUUUUUUGCUUAAGAGAUGUGAUGGUCAUUUGCUCUUUUAUUAUGAAUCUGUUAUAUGAUGUGAUAUAUUCUGACACACAGGAUGUAGUGUAGCCAACAAUAAGCUUACUAACAUUUUAUGUUACUGCAUUGGCACAACAAAUAAAUGCAGGGUCUUCUGUCUUUAAAUAGAUGAGUAAGAGACAAACCUUAGGUCAUAUAAUGUGUUUGUUUGAAAACAGAACUGCAUUUAUACACAAAAUUGUAAUGGCCUUCCAUUAAAAGAUGUGAUUAAACAACAAAAUGUUCAUUACACCAGUGAAGCUUACUACAAAAUCACUUUCAAGGAACGUUCAAGUUUCAGACAUUCCUCAGAAAUAAAGAUUAUUAUGUCCUAGCCCAAUCCUCAAGCAGAACUGGUGAUGGCAGUAGCCUGGAUUCAAACUCAGGAUCAAAGUGAUAACAUGACCAGCCAGCCACCCUUGAUUUAGUAUGAGAUGUGAAUCCCCCCUCUCCCACUUAAUGUGCAUUUCAUUGGAAAGUUAUAUCAACAAAAGGAUUCAGUUAAUUGAAAAUCAAGUUUAGGACUGGAUAUAUAGGAACAUAACUGUGACAAGGAAAUUCCUGACAAAGGAACCUUAAUUCUCCAUAUUUCUCUUAAAAGUUCACAACAGGUGGGGAAAAAAUAAUUAGAUUGAAGUCUAAAUGCUGUGUUUCUUACCUUUGGUGCCUGUAAAACUGGAGACAGGAUCUGUGGAGGAGCCAUCCCAGUGCCACAAGGAGCCAUCAUCAGAGCAUGUGAACAGAUGGUUGGGGUUGUGUGGGUGGAAUUUGACUUCCCACACUGACCAGGGAGAACAAUAAGAACCAGUUAUGUUAGUAGGUCAACUUAAAAAAGUAACACUAAUGGCUAGAAAAUAUUCCUAACAUUACAAAAACAAAACAACAUUGAUAUAUAAAUGGCCUGUUUUACAUCAUUUGGUUGACUAAUAUAAACAAAAGUUGAUUGAUUAUCAUUAAUUUUUUUGAAUUUUAUUUAUUGAAGCUUUUUCUGGAUGUUUAUAAUAUUGAAUUUUUUAAAAUAAAUACAUAGACCCAUUUGAUGUACAAAUAUAUAACUGAAAAUAGAAAAUAUUUAUAAGUAAUACAGAUCUAGUAUUUAGAUUUAAGAGUUUCACUGUUGGGGUAUUUAGAGAGAUUUAAGUAUCACUGUUCUAGUACAGAAACAAAAACUUACUGGCACCAGUGUGGGCUUCAAGCAAUGUCAUAGGAAAUUUCUCUUGCCUUAGGUCCCAGAUAGUCAACAUUCCAUCCUCACCCCCUGUAGCUACUAUGUGAGCCUGACCUGGGUGUUUAUCUAAGCAAAGUAAUGGAGUAUGGUUUUCUGUGCUGUGGAUUAAGCAACUGUUUAUUUCACUUGAUUCAUUCUAAGUUUUUUUUUUUUUUUUUUUUUUAUAUAUGUGUAUGCUUCUAUAAAUGCUUUAAAAAAGGGUUGACACAGGUGAUAUCUUUUGGUAUAAAUGUACAUCUUGAUGUUUUUAUUAAGACUUCUCUAAACUUCACAUGACAAAUUGAGAAUGUUUAUGAGGUAUUUCAUCCAUUGUCACUAUACUCUAGUCAAGAGAAAAGAACAAAAUUAAUUCUUUGUUGUAGUUUUUUUUUCCUGUUACAAAUAAAACUUCAUUUAUACAUUUGGAA